CAAGCAGUUGCGCAGUGACGACACACCUGCUAACGCUUCCACUAUUCGUCGUUGCUAAUACUCGCUGUCGUCACGUACGCCUCGAUCCAGUGACACUGCUGUUCGUCCAGCCUGAGCGCUGAGAGAUACGAGUACGACACUCGAAUCGAUCGGUAAAUAAUACCAAUGGCGGCGGCGCCGGCGUCCUCCUCUGCCGCUUCCGCGGCGGACAGCAGGGAGGAGAUCGUCUUCUUGGACGUGGAGACGUCGACCCCGCCGCGCGUGCUACUCGAGUUCGGCGCCGUAGUCGUCUGCUCGCGCAGGCUCGUCGACGUCUCCUCCUACGCCACGCUCGUCCGCCCCGCCGACCCUGACGCUGCUGUCCCGGACCCGACCGCGCGGUGCAGCGGCAUCACGCGCGACGCCGUCGCCGACGCGCCGCCGUUCAGGGACGUCGCCGAUAAAGUCUACGACGUCCUGCACGGGAGAGUGUGGGCUGGGCACAACAUCGUGAAGUUCGAUUCAGUGAUAAUAAGGGACGCGUUCGCGGAGAUCGGGCGACCCCCUCCUGAACCCAAGGGCAUGGUCGACACCCUUCCCCUGCUUACCCAGUGGUUUGGACCGAGAGCCGGGGACAUGAAGCUGGCAAGCUUGGCGAAUUAUUUUGGACUUGGGAAGCAAAGGCACAGGAGCCUUGAUGAUGUGAAAAUGAAUAUCGACGUGCUCAAGAACUGUGCUACAGUCUUGUUCCUGGAGGAAAGUCUUCGAGGGGUGCUUCCUGUUCAGAACAUGUUGGAGGGUGCAACAAUCAGAACCCAAGGAACAAGUGAUCCUGCCACAAACAGAGAUUCCAACGAGUUGGUGGGAUCCCAUGUUGAGGAAAUGGUGUUAGACACCACUACGCAGAUGGAUGCAAGAAGUUCCAUUGGUUUUUCUGGGUUUGUUGAGGUAGAUGACGUUUCAAUAGAGAGUAUAAAAAUCUCAGUUAUGCUAUUACAACACCGAUCUGGACCGAGAACAAUUUUGCAGCACAAGGGUGCCCAACUUCAUCUAAGUUGUGCAGAUCUGGAAGUCCGUUGGGUCAGCUCAAAGGUUCUACGACCACAGCUGAGCAUAAGGGUUGACAUACCUGAUAAUCUUAGUAAGGUAUUAGUGUUUUGCGACAAUCUAGCACAAAGUUCAUCUCCGGAAGGCCGCAGUAGUUCUCCAUGGAAACCCCUUAUUAAGAGAUAUGGAAACGCCAAUCGUCCAACGGUCCGGCUGAACAUCCCUACCGUUGUCAGUGGCAACACUGCAAUGUACUCGACACAAAUAUACCAAAAGGAUUGCAAUGGUGUCAUUCCAAAGCUUGCUUCCAGAAAGAUAGAUGCAGCGAAUCUGGAAUCCAUGCUUCAAGGGAAAAAGGUGGAUGCGUUCUUCUCACUGGAAAUAUAUGGCUACCAGCAAAAUGCUGGUAUUCGAUUGGUUGCUAAGAGGCUAGACGUUCACUUCUGAAGGGACCAUGCCAAGUUCUAUCCUCCUAUCACUAUAAAACAGGCUCUUGUCCCCACUUUAGCCACCUUAGCCUCUAUCAAUAGUAGCAGGUCGUGUGUUAGUGUGUACAACAUGUGGCCAUAUAUCUACACAAGAUAUUAAGAUGUAGCAUGUUCUUGAUAUAUGUUUGGUCAGAGAUAGAUCCUUUUUUGCGGAGUAAUAGAUGAAAAUGUGUGGGAGGAGAUGAUGGAGAGGAGAUGUCAGAUUGUAGCCCUAUGAGACGCAGGUGUUUUAGGUGCAUGAGGUAGUCAAUUAUUAGCUGUAGGGGAACACUAAAGCUAAGUUCAUUAAAUAAAAGAGCCUGAACUUUCACGGCUUGUAGUGUGGCAGCAGUAAAAGAAGAACGUGCAGAUUCUGAGAA